ACGGUUUCGAAAGAGCGAAGGAACUCAAAAGAUCAUAGUAUGGCUCUUGCAGCAAAGCGAUGUAAAGACCUGGAUCCGGAUGAACGGCAAGUUUCAGACCACGAAGAAGCAGGACAAGGACUACAUUACUACUGCAGUUCGGAAGAGACAUCGUCCGCUCAACAUCAGCCUGGUACAACCAUGAGCAGGUCUUAUGCCACACCUAGUACUCGAACAUCCCGCGAACAAGCUAUUGGAGGUGAUCAAGCACUUUCUUUUUUCCACGACAGGCAUGAAGCGAACUAUCGACUGUCACUGGCAAAUACAGCGUCGUCUUCAUCCUCACUUAUGACGGAUAGUCGUGUUGGUGGCGCC